CGCCAAAAGCGCUAGCUGCUAAACCCAGCAAUGGGACUCACGAAAGACGGCGUUAAGUGCAACAUUACGGGGGCGUUACAUUGAGGUGGCUGUUCUAUCGCUCUUAGUGCACUCGUUGCCUUAUCGCCCUUAGUACGUUGUUUGGCCUCUAGCCCUGAGGCCUGUCGCCCUUUGUUCCAGGGCUGAGGUUUCUCUCGCAGACGCGUUCUAGUGCCUCCGCACUCCGGUCCUGGUAGGCCCUUCAUCUCGCCACUCCGCCACUGCCCUUCAGGCUAUUGGACGGCCACUGACCUUAGGCGAAACGCCCAACGAUGGCGUCGCAGUCGCAGCCCGCCGCAGGGAGUCGCACAGCGGCGCCAGCCGUCGCAGGGCCCCGUGCGCGAGAGGUGUACGACGUGGUGGUGGUGGGCGCAGGCCUGGCAGGGCUGCAGGCGGCGCAGCAGCUGAUGGCGCGGGACAGGCAGCGGGCAGAGUGGGCGCGCGGAAGCGGGGGGUUAAGCGCGGGGGGAGCGGAGAAUGGGCGCAGCGGGGCGCGGAGGGGGGAGCUGCGCGUGGUGGUGGUGGAGGCGCACGGCAUGGUCGGGGGGAGAGUGCGGGGGCUGCAGGGACUGGUGCCCUGGACAGUGGAGAUGGGUCCGGAGUUCAUUCACGGGGAUUGCAACUGCUCCAUCAAGGCAGCAGUGGACCAGCUAGGAUGCCAACAGACCACCCUCGCCUUCCCCGACCACUACUAUUUCGGCAAGGAGCAGCGGCUGGUGACGCCAGACGAGGCAGAGAGUGACCCGGAAAUCGCAGCGGUGCACGCCUUCUUUGCGGGGCUCAAGACACACACAGCAGAGGCGGGGGGAGUGGGUGGGGAGAGAGAGGGCGACUGCUCCGUGGUGGAGGUGAUGAGGCGGGAGGGAGCCACGCCACGCCAGCUCGCUCUCGCAGAAUCCAUCUACGCCAACGACUUUGGGUGCUCUCUGCGCCACCUGGGGAUGCAUGAGAGUGUGAAAGAGGCCAGAGGGUGGGUCUACGGCGACACCUACGUUGUGUGCGACCAGCCCUUCUCCACUGUCGUGCACCACUUGGCGCAGGGCGUCCAGGUGAGGUGCCACUGGCCAGUGGCCGCUAUAACUUAUGACGUCAGCAGCGCAUCAACUUACGGCAGCAGCAGCAGUGCAACCGCAUCUCCCACUGCCCCGAUCACAUUGACCAGCAGGCACGGGGAGCAGCUUCAGGCCAAGCGAGUUAUUGUCACUGUGCCUCUGCCUGUGCUGCAAGCGGGUGACAUCCAGUUCAGCCCACCUCUCCCCUCGGCCAAGCAGCGGGCCAUUGGAGCGCUGCGCAUGGGGUGUGCAGUCAAGGUCAUCAUGGCCUUCUCCCAUCGCGUCUGGCCCUCCCAUCUCUUCGACAUCGUCUGCACCGACUCCUUCCUCCCAGAGGUCUGGUUCACCCGCCGCUCCCCCCCCAUUCCCACCUCCUCCUCCGCCUCCCCUCCUCUCUCCCACUCCUCCACGCCUGCUCCUAUCAUCACCGCAGCUGUGCCCCCGCCCACGGUCCCAAUGGGCCAGUUCCUCGCAGUAGGGUUUGCAGCAGGCGACGCAGCAGAGGCCAUGGCUAGACUGCCGCCCGAAACAGUGAUUUCACGGGCGCUGGAGCAGCUAGAUGCCAUGUUUCGCCACCCGUGCUCCACCUGCAAGCCAGGGCCUGGUGCAGCCAGGGCAAUUCAGGCCCGACCGGCUCAUGCGAGCGGCACAACCACUAGCGGGUCGAGUUGGGGUUGCCAGGGACAUGGAGUGCAGCUGCAGGCAUUGCCGCAUGGUGCUUCUGAUGAUAACGUGGGGACCUUUGUCGUGCCGGCAAGGCCACUACAGCAAGCCAGUAGCACCACCAGCUCGUGUCCCGCUGCUGCAACUUCCUCCCUCUGCUCCUCCUGCCACCCAGCUUCCGCAAGCUUCGUUUCAGGCUGCUUCGCUGACUGGUCAAGAGACGCCUUCAUCCGUGGUGCGUACACGCAUCCAACAGUUGGAGCAGGGGAUGCGAGGGACCAGCUGGCGAUGCCCCUGGGUGGCAGACUGUUCUUUGCUGGGGAGGCGACACACUUCGGUGUGAACCCGUGCAUGCAGGGGGCGCUGGACACUGGCACGAGAGUGGCUAAUGAAGUGUUUUGGUCGCUUCAGGGCAGCAGGUUGUAGAUUCUUGAUCAAUCAUACAGGAAUUUUGGCCAGCACAAAAAGGUGCAACCAAGUGGCAAAAUUGUGCACAGCAGCAGGAAGUGGACAGUGCAUUAGACCUCACAGGCACAGGGUACUGCUACCCCAGUGAUAAUUGGGCAUGUCGGCGCAGCAGUCAGCCUAGAUAACACAUGAGUUCAGGGUUGGGCAAUUUCACAGUAAGCCAUCAGGAAAGUGAAAACGAUUGAUCCAGAUGCGUGGGACAGUUGCCACUACCUAUCCUGUCUAU